GAACGAAGCACCGCCUCUCGCUGGAGCGGUUUUUUUUUGGCUUCAUUUUCUUUUUUUUUUAAAGCGGCUCCUCUCCCUCCCUCCCGAAGGAGGCGGGGUCACGUGAUGUUUUCGCCGUGGUGCCGCCGCGGCUGCUUGCCUGUGUGGUGAGCGAGCGAGUGAGGCAGAGCGGGGCGAGUGGACGGGGAGCCCUGCGCGCUCCGAACGGCUGGCAGUGAGUGAGCGGGUGGGCGCACGCCCCGCCGGUGGGCCGGCUUCGCGCCUCCCCCUGCGGGGAACGGCCGGCGUGGACGCAGACUGGGGCCACCCAUGUCCAGCCGGGCCCGGGAGACCCUUCGCCUCUGAGGAGGGCGGCUCUUCCACCCCCCUCGCGCUCCCGCCCUCCCCCCCCCCCCGCUGCACAAGCGCGGCGCCGCCUGGCUCGGCGGUCCGGACCCUGCCCUGGCCCCUUAAAAUGGCGAGCGGGAUGCUCGGCGGAGAAGGCGGCUGCACCGUGCUGGAGGCGAGAGACCGGGCUGCGGGCAUUGCCGCUGGAGCACCAGGCGGCGGAGGCGGCUACAGCCACAACCAGCGAGCCAGCGCGUCCAGGCUUGCCGCUACUGCUGCUACUACUGCUGCUGCUACCGAAGAGGACCAGGAGCUGAUGGAAGGCGCCCCUUGCCCGCCGCCCGCGCAGCCCCCGCACCAUCUGAUGCUGCUUCUGAGGAGAUCCCCCAGCAGCUCCCUCUGCCUCGUCCAGGAGGAGGACGCCUCGGCGACCGGGGGCAACGCCGGCGCGGGGCGAGGGGGCGCCGUGGCUUCAUCGCGAGCCGGCCCCUCGGCGCCCUCAAGCCGGGCAGCUGCCCCACCGGCGGCGUCCGCUGUCGCCUUCGGGGACGACGUGAGGAAAUGCGGCUACCUAAGGAAGCAGAAGCAUGGCCACAAGAGGUACUUCGUGCUGCGGGUGGAGAGCCACCUGGCCCCGGCCAGGCUAGAGUACUACGACAGCGAGAAGAAGUUCAAGAGCAGCAUGAGGGCGGCGGCGGCAGCGGCGGCGGUUGGUGGGAGCGCAGCCCUCUGCUGCCCACCCCCGAAGCGGGUGAUUCCUCUGUACCAGUGCUUCACGGUUAGCCGGAGGGCAGAUGCCAAGCACAAGCACAUCAUCGCCCUGUACACCAAGGAUGAGUACUUUGCAAUGGUUGCCGAAAACGAGCCUGAGCAGGAGAGCUGGUACCAGGCAAUCAGUGAGCUCAUGAGCCAAAGCAAGAGGGGCUUCUUGGAGCAGGAAGACCAGGCUGAUCCGCAGCUGGAUGACGACGACGAGCAUUACGGGACUGCUCUUCGGCCAGGGACCGUCUUCAAAGAAGUUUGGCAAGUAAAUGUGAAACCCAAGGGACUGGGGCAGACAAAAAAUUUGACUGGGGUGUACAGGUUGUGUCUUUCCACCAAGGCCAUCCACCUUGUUAAGCUGAAUAGUGAGGUGCCCUCUGUCCACUUACAGUUAAUGAACAUUCGGCGGUGUGGACAUUCAGAAAAUUUCUUUUUCAUUGAGGUUGGCAGAUCUGCCUCCAUUGGGCCAGGUGAGCUUUGGAUGCAAGUGGAUGAUUCAGUGGUGGCCCAGAAUAUGCAUGAAACCUUCCUAGAAACCAUGAAAGCUUUGAAAGCCUUCUCUGAGUUUAGACCUCGCAGUAAGAGCCAGUCUUCCGGUGGUGGUAGCAGCACCAACCCCAUUUCCUUCAUCAGUACUAGGAGGCACCUGGGUAACCUGCCACCUAGCCAAACUGGCUUACAAAGAAGAUCCAGAACUGAAAGUGUUACUGGGGGGACCCCUCCAACCACCAAGAGUAGUAGCUCUUACCGUUUCAGAACUUCCAGUGAAGGGGAGGGGACAAUGACCAGACCAUUUAGGUCAGUUACUGGAAGUUUGAUUCAUCUGAAUACUGCAAGGAUGAAUUUGGGGCGUCAAGAAGGAAGUGGACGAUAUGUUAGAGCAGCAUUUAGUGCAUCUUAUCACACCAGGUCUGCAUCUCUGCCAGUGUCUCAUUUCCCUUCCACUACUAGCCCCAUCAGUGUUUCUUCAAGUAGUGGCCAUGGAUCAGCUUCCGAUACCUUCAUCAGGCCUUCCAGUUCAUCCGUCUGUGGGUCCCCAAGUGAUGGAGGUUUCAUUUCUUCCGAUGAAUAUGGUUCCAGCCCUGGCGACUUCAGGUACUUCCGUGUGAGGAGUAAUACCCCAGAUUCCUUGGGCAAUACGCCUCCAAUCAGAGAAGAAAAUUGUUUAAAUGAAUAUAUGUCUAUGAGCAAGCAGCAAAUGGAUAAUAAUAGUUCAAGAGAUGAUUACCGGGAGGCUGAAAAAUGCUUCAGAAAAAGAACUUACUCUCUAACUAAGCCUGCUUCUAUACCAGCACAGCAGAAAACAACCCAAACAGCAACUUCAUUAGAUGAAGUUUCUUCAGGAAGCCAUGGACGCCUGCCUUUUUCUGAAUCGCCAAAAUUCAAAAAUAACCCUGAACCAGUGUAUGGGGAAUCUGCCCUUGAUUCUGUAUGCAAUCAAAGCAGGAAUAAAGCCAGAGAUGAUGGAUACAUGCCAAUGAUGCCAGGAGUUGCAUCUUCUUUUGCAAGCAACAGUGAUUAUCUGCCAAUGACUCCUAAAAGUGUGUCUGUUCCAAAGCAGAUAAACAGUUCCUGGCCAUCAUCACAGGCUGAUUCCAAAGGAUAUAUGAUGAUGUUUCCUAGGGCUAUCUCUUCACCUGUACGUAGUCCUUUAACUGGCUUUAAUAAAAGUGGCAAUGAGAAGUUGGCGAACAAUGAGUAUAUGGAUAUGUCACCUGGAAACUCAGCUGCUCCAAAGCAACCUAGUGAUUCAAAUUAUAUGCAUACCAACACCAGUUCCAAAAACUUUAGCUCAUAUUUCUCUCUCCCACGAAGCUUUAAGACUCAGUCAGGAGAAAAUGGUGAGCAUGAUGAAUACGUUCCAAUGUCAUCACCAGGAAAAUUAUUGUAUAGUGGAGCUGAAAAUGACAACAAUAUCAGUAAUGAUGUUCUGGCUAAUGGCCAUUCCAAAUCAUCUAUGCUGAAAGCUUCAGAUGAAGGACUUGAACAGAACAAAAUUACCAGGCCUACAAGACUUCCAUUAGGCACUAGAGGUAGUAACACUAUACCAAGAAUGUAUGGUCGUACAAUUCCACUUGAGCCAUCUAGUCCUGGUGAAUAUAUAAAUAUCGACUUCGGUGAAAAGGCAAGUAAUACACCUUAUUCUUUAUCUGCAGAAGGAUCGCCAUCAUCUCUUGGCUCCAGUAGUGACCAUAGGCAGUCACCACUUUCUGACUACAUGAGUGUUGAUCUUGAUGUUCAGUCACCAAAGGUUGCUAAAGAACUAUCCAACUCCUUGACAGAUAUUUCAAUUUAUGCAAGUUCUAGUAUUCCCAGAAAUCCACCUGAUUCAGAUUAUGCUAGGCUCUCAUUUGGUACUGCUUGUGUUAGCAAAGGAAAUGGUAGGAUUGAUGACUAUACAGAAAUGACCUUCAACAUGGCAGCAAUGCCACCUGGACCAUUUACCACCGAGAGCAAAAAUGGCUUAAAGAUUGAUAGUCCUCCUUCCAUUGUUAAUAGACUGUGCAUUGUUGACCAAUAUGCUGGUAGCAGUGAGUUCUCUGUUCCUAGUCCUGAUCCGCCAGUAGUACCUAAAGUUAUUCGUGCUGAUCCACAGGGAAGGAGAAGGCAUAGCUCUGAAACAUUUUCUUCCACUGGCACUGUUACCACUUCCUCUUCUUUCUUUACUGAUAGUAGCAAAAGGCACAGCUCUGCCUCUUUUGACAAUGUGUGGUUGAAACCUGAAGAACACAUUUCAGAUGGCCAUGAAAGCAAGAUGUCCAGAGAUACUUCAACUGGAUUUCAGAAUGGCUUGAACUAUAUAGCUCUAAAUUUACAAGAUAAUUCUCUAAACUGUGAGGAGAGCCCUAGUUCACCAAACUGCCACCUCCCAAAUGGUACUUUGAAUCUGGAAAGUGGAGUGUAUGUGAGCAUAGACUUCAGCAGAUCAGAUGGUUUGAAGUGCAACUCUGCAAGAAAAGGUUUGUAUUUUUUUUUAAUCACUCACACAAAUUAAUGCAUGUAUAAUUUCAAUAUAUUAUUGUAAAUCACUAUUUUCUUCUUUAAAUUUGCCCCUUUUCCUAUUUAGUGCAGUAUUUUCACUGGCAGCAUCACAUAAGGAGUGUUCUGCAUGCACAAUUCAGGCCCAAGUGUUUCCUAUCUUUUAAUUUGAAAACAUGUAUUGACUGCUUUUUUUGUUGAAUUGUCAUUAUGAGUAUGGGGUAGUAAAAUAAUCGCAGAAUAUAUGAGAAGCAGUAAAUUGUUCUCAUGCUUGUCUUCAUUACCAACUUUGGGGUCACUGCCACACUCCUUUUUCAACAUUCUAAUAAAAUAUAGACAUCAGUUCAUCUAAAUAACAAUGAUUUACUUGGAAUCUGACUACUUUAGAUUUUAUGAAUGGAUUGGAAUUUAUCCCCUGGUGCAUGGUUGUGGGUACCUUUCAAGGGAGGAAUCUGCUUUCUGAGGUUCUGCGGAACAAACCUGCUACUUCCAGCCACAAUUCCCCUUGCUCCCUCUACAAUGAAGUCCAACUUAAAGCCACAUCAAGACUGCAGUUUACCUUGAGAUGUGCAGAAUAAAGUGAUAUAUUUUAUUCAUGUAUAGCAGUCUUAUGUAAUUUUUUAAAAGUCACUGUUUUCAUAACUGCAUUAUACAUAUAAUCUGAUUUUUAACAAGGGGUUAACAGUUGUUUCCCUUGCAAAGCUUUCUGGGAAAUGUAGUUUUGUGAAGAGGUUGCAGGUUUCAGAGCAUUACGAAAAUCUCUUCCUCGUUCCAAAGAGAGAGGUGUGUGUAUGUGUAUUUGAGGUGUAGGUAAUUCUGACAGUUAAACUGGCAUGCAUUUCUAAUGUAGAUGCUAAUUUGGAAGGCAUACAGCACCAUUCUCUCCAUACUGUAUUUUACAGAAAAGUAAAUGGAGUUCAGUGGGCUUGCUUCCUAGUAUGCAUACAUAAAAUUGCAGCUUUAACAAUGGUUUUCUCAUUUGUCCUGUGAGUUCAGUGACAAUUUUUUAAGAAGGCUUGAUUUAGUUGUGCAUCACAGACACUUCUGCUGUGAUACCCUGGUAAUAGCUCCUUAGAAUGUAGCGAUGCAGAAUGGAAGACAUGAGAAGGCUUUUAGUACAGUAGUAAGCAUUCUAGAUUACUUCAGCUAGAAUCUUACAGCUGCAAUAGUGUUAUAGUGCCUUGAUCAAACCCUUUCUUUUAAAACCUAAUAACAUGUCUGCAGACUUGGUCUUAGUUUAUAGUUUGUUUGUUUUUUAGCUUUUUCUGGAGGAAAAAGUGGAAGUCAGUUGUGUUUCACUAUAAAUCUUAAUCUAAAUACUGUUUUAAUGGAGAGUGGCUAUUCAGUCAUUGUAGCUAAUUAUUUGUGCAAAUAGUACUUUUAAAAUCCAAUAUAACACAGUUGAGUACUGUAAUAGGUAUCCUGCUUUUGUUACUUAGAAAAUUAUACCUGUAUCGCUUGAUACAAAGACAUGCAAAGAAUGUACUGGACUCUGAUAAACUGUCUGAAAUGCUGAAUCAGGGCUUCUAGGUACCCCUUAACUCAAUCUGAAUAUAUUCAGAGGCUUUAAGAGAUUGCAUGAGUUUAGAUUCUUUGGCGAGUCUCCUAUUGGGAAAAGAUUACAGUAUAUAAAAGACAAGUCAGUCUGUUAGCAUUGCUUGGGGUUUUUGAAAAGUUUGUUAUUUCCUUUGGUAUACUUUUCUCUUUGCCCCUCUUUUUGCUGUGGUUAAAUCCAAGUUGUUUGACUGCUCUUCUAAACCAGUGAAUGACAGCAUACUUGGAGUAUCGUCCUCUUGUAUGUUAAACUCCAUUUAAUUAGAAACAGAAGUGGUAAAGAAAUGUACUGAAUUUGGCCUUCUCUUGAAUUUUUCAAACUUGGAUUGUACUUUGCUCAAUAUAAUUCCCAAAAAAAACACCAGUGGGGGGGGGGACUUACCCUCCAGCUCUGAUCAUACUACCAGUUUUAAACUUUGGACGCUUUCAUCAGUUUUUAAACAUCUGUUGAAAACAUUUGCCUGUUACUGCUGCAACUGAAGCAUAACCAAGAUGAUUACAAGUUAAGUUUUUUAAAAACAUGCCUGACAGCAGUUUGCAUAUGGCUAAUCAUGUGUGUCUAUGUACUUCUUUAUGUGAAUCUUUGGUCCCGAUAAUCUUUAAAAUAUGGAAGUGGUUAAGAAAAUACAGUCAUUGGUAAUAGUAGGUGAGUCUGCUAGGUAGAUUUCAGGUUAGUGAGUACUUCAUUGAAAAAUUCUUUUAAAGUGUAUAUAAGGAAGAGAUUUUGCUAGAGGCAGGGGGCACAAUCCAGCAGAGACUUUGAGAGUGCUUAAGCUCAUUGACUUUAUGCUGGAAUGUGGCCAAAUCAUUCAUUAUUUUCAUCUGACUGUUACAUAGCCAAUCAGUAGAUUCAGACAAAGCCCUGGUUUCAGAGUUAAAAGAAAUGCCUUGGUAGUUGAAAAUAGUAAUGAGCUUUUGAACUCCUACAAGUAGAGAUUUGAAGCAUCUCCUCAGUUAGAACAGCAGAGUGGGUGGGGAGGCCAAGCAAAAUAAUGAAAUGUUAGAGUUCCACAAUAGGUGACUUCUGCCUUUUGGGGCUGCUACAUUCUCACUUUACCAGCAAGAACAAAAAUUGCGGAACUCAACAGCAUGCCUGUCCCAUGCACAAGUCUGCUUGAGUUCCUUCGAGGGUGGGGCAGGUACAACAUUGUUUAUGCAUUCUGUAGCUUACUAAUGAUCCCAGUUUGACCUUGGAGGUGUAGAAUUAACUUCAGUAUACUGUGAUAGAAGUCAGCCAUGAAACAUGACUGAUGUAGUCACAUUUAUUUUUCAGGUGCUUUCUCUAAUGUGACAGUAUUUUUCAAAAUUUUAAAUAAUUCUUUUUUUAUUAGAAAAUGUUGACUUGUAGGUAAAAUCUCAGUAGUGUCUCAGAUGUAUGAGAUAGGGCGGGGGAACUGUGACCUCACACUCUGAAGCAUCAUACCAUUCUUGUUGAGACAGGUAGGUUAGAGUGUGUGCAUUUCUGUUUAAAACUCUACAGCAAGGUUUGAGUUUCUGGUCACUUUUGUUGAACUCCACAUUUUCUCAUCAGUUUGUAUACGGUCUUGUAAUAACAUAUGCAGUUUUAUUUCCCUCUUGAAACAGAUUACUGCUCUUACAGCAAAGCUCAAAAAGUUUCAUAAGAUACCUGGAAAUAAAACUUGAAAGUGCUUAUAAUUCAACACUGUAAAAUUGUUAACACAAGAACUGUUGAACAUCUGAAGUUUCAUUGUUAGAAGCCUGGGCCCCUCUACUUGCAGUGAUUGCAAAAGCCUCAAGUUCCCAUUUUACCUUGAUCCACAUAAAAAGCUUGAAAACAGUUCCUCCUCUGUUGAGGUUAUUACUCUGCUCCUCCUCCAUCAAUUUUGUGAAUGGGAAAAGUUGAAAGGGUUGAUUCACAUCUCUGAAUGACUGAAACUAGGGAAGUAGUACCAUAUAAUUUUGUGAUAAAUUGAAGGUGACUUCUUAUAGACUUAACUAAACAUUAUUCACAAGUGAGUGUAACAUAAAACACCAACCACUUGUGUCACAGAAAAUCCAUUUUAGGAGUAGGAGAGGGGGUUACUAACCUUUUCUGCUUAACCCCCCCCCCCCCCCCCCCCCCCCCCGUUCCAUAUACAUAUUUAUCCCUGUAAGGAAUAUUUAUCUUUUAGAAUGCCACUGAGGUGUUCUGGGGUGGAGCUAGAAAAGCAUCAGGCAGGGAAAAGGUUAAAGACCCUCUCAAUGAUCUAAUAUUUCUCCACUCCAAAUUGUUCCCUCUGAAAGGAGGUUUUCUGUAAUACAAGUAGCUGCUAGAGUUAAGUUAGAUCCUUUGGUCCAAGCUGACGUUAUUUAAAUUUAUUUAAGCUUCACUGAUGUAAGGAUUUCAAAUAUAGCAACCCUUCAAAAUGUUUGCUUUUGUUAUAGAUCACUUUCCCCAACUAAUGCGCUUAAAAUAUGUUCAUAUACUUCUCCUUUCUUUAUGUGUAACAACAUCUUUUAAAUAUAUAAGCUCUGGUUGCAAAUGGCAAUAAAGAUUUUAUUAAAAAAAAGAAAAGUACAAGAAUGCUAAAAGAUUUGGAAAUAUUGGAAGAAAGAAUGGAGGCCAGCCAUGUGCAUUACCAAGUUCAUAAUUUACAUGAAAUAUCACAGUUCAUCUAAUAUAUUUUCCCUUACAUGAGCUCUGGCUGUUACAUGAGCCAUGCAUGUUCCCCUCCCCCUGGUCUCAACAGAUCACUUUCUGGUUUGCCAAAUUACUGUUCACAGUUUGAUUGCGAUUUGUAAUCUUGGCUAGUAGGAAUUGCUUAACUUGCUGUUUGCCAGUUUUGGCACCCCAGCACACAGUGAUUUGGAAAGCUGAGAAGUGAGUACAGGAGGGGAAGAAGACCUUAAGCAGCUGUUAUAUCAGGUUGUCAUAGAGAAACGGUGUGGGGCUAUUCCAUCUGCACAGCUGGGAGACCAGAAACUUUUGCUCCCUUCAUUAGAAGUGCUUGUAACUGAGUUUGCUUAUAUCCUCAUGCCCCAAUCCAUUUUCCUUUUGUGUCAUGUCUUUUUAGAUGAUAAGCCUGAGAGAAGAAACUGUCUUCCUUGUUAGUGAGCCAUUUUUGCUGCCGAACUGGGUAAAAAUGUUUAGAUAAAUUAUAUUGUUUAUAAUUUAUAAAUUAAAUUAAAUUGUAUUGUUUGAGUGACUCUGAAUGAACUAUCUGAAUACUUGGCUUGAACUUGUACCUGCAAUCACAGUAUAUCUCUUCACCUGCAAUUUAAGAACCUUCCUGCGAAACAGAAUAGGUUUGCUCACUAAUGUGAAAGUGAAUUGAUUCUUGACUUUAAAAGAAAAAAAGUUGUAUAUAUGGAACAUAACAGAAAAACCUGCAACAAUAUUAAACAUUCCAGUGCCCAUUUAGUGGUUGUGUUACAUUUCUGAUAUUCUUCUAGUUGGUGUUCAGGCAUGUUGUUCACAACUUUCUUUAAAUUCAUUAUACUUCUUUGUUGUAUCUCCUUUACCAAAGCAAAGUACAGAACCUGUUACCUUUUACUGAUGUUGCUAAUCAGCACUGGAAAACGUAGCAUGUUGCUGGAAGCUGCAUCAUUGCAUGCUAAGUCAAUACUUUUUUGCUGCUUAAGAAAAACAAAAACAAAUUGUUUAUCUACAUUGGGAGUCCAUUGUAACUAGUUAACUAGGCAAAUUCACAUGCUGAAAACUGCACCCUUGUAUUCUGGUACACUUGUCUCCUUGAAAUGCUUGGAACUUCAGUGUAAGCAUAACUGAGCACUGGAUUCUGGCCUUUGAUGAGAGCUUAACUGAAGAUAAUGAAAAGCAUUUGGUCACUUUAUUGCUAGGACACUGUUAGGACAGGAGAUCAGAGUGACUGAAGGAACAAACAAGAAUAAGGCAGCAGGAGGCAAAUAACAGAUAUGUAGUUGCCACAGGAACUGAGUUACAUAGGACCUUUAGAUCCUGCAUAUUUUGUUUAUAAUUUUGUGCAAGCAAAAGUGUCAUUCAACCAGAAGUGACAAAAGCAUUGUACCUCCAUGAAUUUGGGAAGAAUUUAUUAUUGGCAAGGGGAGAGAAGGGGAGGAGGAAGACUGUGUUUUAGCAGAUGGUGGGUGAGCUGGGCUUGAAAUCCUAGCUUGUAUCACUUAUUCAUUAUAAUUAGAUACCUGGGAUCAGUUUUUCCCACCAAAUCCUUAGUUUGCUUAUACAGUGGUACCUCAGGUUAAGUACUUAAUUCGUUCCGGAGGUCUGUUCUUAACCUGAAACUAUUCUUAACCUGAAACACCACUUUAGCUAAUGGGGCCUCCUGCUGCUACCGCACCGCCGGAGCCCAGUUUCUGUUCUUAUCCUGAAGCAAAGUUCUUAACCUGAAGCACUAUUUCUGGGUUAGAGUGUGUAACCUGAAGCGUAUUUAACCUGAAGCGUAUGUAACCCGAGGUACCACUGUAGUAUAAAAGCAAGACCUGGUUUUCUAAAGUAAAAUGUUUUUAAUAUUUAAGGGAGAAUAUUUGCAAUUAAGAAUGUCCAGACAUUUCUUUAUAAGAAAUAGGAUGGUAUUGACAGCUUCUGUUCAAUGUAGGCUAAGUUUUUAAAAGAGUUGCACAAUCUUACUUUGUGGCUGAGGGGUGGGAAGGAGGAAGGAUAAAUCUUUACCACUGUUUGUCCUAAAACUGUGACUCAUCUUUAAAAGGUCUGUAUGACCCAGAGUGCCUCCGCCUUGGCCCACCCUGCAAAUUGCUGUUUGUUUUUUAAGUUUAGUCACAUGUAGCUUUAUUAGGCAUCUUAAAGGCAACCUAAUGAUCACCUUCAUACUAUACAUGUUGAAACAGAAACAUCCAUGUUUUAGAGAAGCAAAUUGGCAUAUACUGGAUACUGUAGCAUCAGAUUGUGAGACAAUUAUUGGGGUGGUCAUCUUUUUCCUGGCGGGACUUCUGUUCCUUUAACACCUUUAUGCCAAGAAGCACUUCAGCAGCUGGAGCUUGUUACAUUGUUUUGACUAUGCAAGACACUUUAUCUGUUGCAGGCGCAGAAUUACAUUAGGGAGGCUACGUGCCUAACUGCCUUGCAUCUGAUGGCCCAGAUGUAGAUCUCCUUUUUUCUGAAGAAUUAAUACAACUUUUAUAUUUGGUUUUUCAGGCUGUGUACAAAUGUGCACACGUAUACCAAGAAACUCCCUACCCUGUCCCAUGGUUGGGUAGGGAGGGGAAACAUUGAGAGUGUUUGAAGUAAGAGAGGUGUCUGUGGGAGGUAGGUUUAAGAGCCAAAUUGCUGAUUCAGAGAUAUCAGUGGUGCAGCAUUUACACCACUGUCCCUCUUCAAUCUCUCCCUCCCUCCCUCCCCUUCUCCUUCUUCCUCCCUCCCACCCCUCCUCUGGAUCUCUGGAUGUGUGUCACGUACACCUUCCACAUACAUUUCAACCUAAGCUAAAACUCCUUAUCCUGACAUACUAGCUUGUACAGUGAGAAGUAUUUGAUCUCAGGCAACAUUCAGACAUGCUGCCCACUUCCUGAAAGGGCUAUCCUGUAGGUUAUUUCUUAACAUGCCUUUCAAUACUUUAGUGAAGGGAGAGAAAUGUAGGUACAUAAUAGACAUAGUGGUAUUGGAAGGGGGUUGGUUUUAACCAAUUCAAUAAGUGGCUUUUGUGGAAGGAAAAGGCAGAGAGAUUUUAUGGAACCAUGGGAAAUGUACUGCAUAAAACACUUAGCAUAAUAAAAACAUGUGGGUUUCUACUGUUUUAAUGUGUGGCAAAUGAAAUAUCCAAAGUAAAAAAAGUAAAAUCUCAGUAAAAUUUCCAGGAGAGUAACAUUUUGAUGCAUUUCUUUCCUACCUUUUCCUCCUACAAACAGUAGCAGAAAGAUUUUGCAAAUGAAGUAAAUGUUUGCAAAACCUUUUAAACUUGCUUGUCUCAUACAAUUUGCAAAAUCCAGCUUACUCAGUUCUGACUUUUGGGUUGGUGAGGUGUGCUUUUGUGUGUUGGCUGGUGCAUGAGAUUCCCAUGCUUACUGGUUUUUGACCAUGUAUACCAGGGGUUGUCAGCCUUGUCCCUACUGCCCACUAGUGGGCGUUUCAGGAUUCUAGGUGGACGGUAGGGGGUUCUACUGCACAAGCUGAAUCCUCCUUCCAUCAAGCACUGGUGGGCAGUAAGGAAAUUUUACCAUCCAGAAAGAUGCAUUAGUGGGCGGGUGGUAGGUAUAAAAAGGUUGACUAUCCCGAUGUAUACAGCUGUAGGCACUUCAAGACUUAAUGUAAGAGAUACCUAUAUCUAUGUAUCUGUAAGUAUACAGUGGUACCUCGGGUUACAAACACUUCAAGUUAAGACUCCACUAACCCAGAAGUAGUACCUCGGGUUAAGAACUUUACCUCAGGAUAAGAACAGAAAUCACGUGCCGGCAGGAGGCCCCAUUAGCUAAAGUGGUACCUCAGGUUAAGAAUGGUUUCAGACCUCUGGAAUGAAUUAAGUUUGUAACCAGAGGUACCACAGUAUAUAUAUAGAGAGAGAAUGCCCAUGCCUUACUGAAUGUUGAUCCUUCUUAUAUUUAGUUUGGGGUGAUGGAUGAUCUGCUCUCAUUUAGGAAAGAGCUGUAGUUCAGUGGCAGAACUCAUGCUUUGCAUACAGAACCUUGCAGGUUCAGUCCCUGGAACUUCAAGGUAGAAAUAAGAAAGAUAUGAUCUGACUCAGGAUAACAUAACUUACUAUGCCAUCAUGUUCUUCUUCUUUUUUCUAAUAUCCUUCUUAGUGUAUUUUUUGCUAUUUAGGACUUUCCGUUACAUAGUAGCUCUAGUGUUUAAGUUGUUGUAGACAGAAGUUGGAUUGAAAUCCACUAGUAAAUCUGAGUGAUUUGCAGAUUCUGACUACAAAUUGAGUAACGAGUAACACCUUGUUCCUUCAUUAUAAUAAGUGUAUUUCCCCAAACCCCAUCAAUUUUUGCACUUGUCUCCAGUUGAUGGAUCUUAGGAGUCUAGUAAAAAAUAAAAGACAUUUUCCUGCACCUGGUUUAAGUGAAUCCUAAUAUUUCCUGCUCCCUGCCCUUUUCCAUAUUUUUCAGCCAUUACAGCUCUUAAUCCUUCCCAUGUUUAUUUCUGCUUGAAAAAAGUCCUUCAAGAAUAUUGCAAGCUAGGCUGUAGUGAUAUUUUCUAGCUACUUUUAGUAUUGCUUAUGAGGGCAUGCUCUGGAAACUUGUUGUUCAAGGUAUCAGAGACAGAUGUUCUUGGGUUCUUCUAAAUUUGUGUGUGUAAUCAUUAAUUCUAGUUACUUACUGUGCAGCUGUGUAUAUCUGUUCAGUUGUUACGUUAUGAAAUCACGGAAAUUCACAAUCAAUGGUGGAACUCUGUAGUUUUAGACACUAGUCUUUGGGGGAGGGGCUUUAGAUGGCAGGUGUUAAUUAGCAAUUAGCAUUUAUCUCCCUCCAACACUUGUUCUUUACAUUGGCUUUGACAGUACUGAUAGGUGAGAGAGGAAAAAAACAAAUUUGCCAACUGUAAUUUAAUAAAGAAACACUCUGAACAAGUGCAGUUUUGCACUUUAAACUCAUUAAAUUGUAGCUCUAUCAUGACUACAGAAAAUAAAUGAUGUUUGCUCCUGCUCUCCUGAUACUAAACAGAUUUACUUGGGAACGAGCACCAUGUUGUUGUAGGAAACCAUAAUGUUGUUUUUUAAAAGGAAUGAAUGUUUUGUUGACAGUAUCAACUCCUGUGGGCCAUGACAUGCCCACAGCGGCCCAGCUGCUGAUGCUGGGCUUGUCUGCUGCUGCCUUCAUCACCUGCCAUUCUUCUGAGUGGUGAUUUGGAGGCCUCUUGAGCUACAGGACUCUGGACCUCAGCCCUGGCUAUCAGCCCUAGUGGAACCACUGAUUAGAAUUAGGACUGGUUCAGUUAUGCUAGGAAUUUAUAUCUGAGUCAAACAUGAAGGGUCAGCACUGUGAAUGCAGCUCUGUGUGGAAUACAUAUAUAGGCUUGAGGUGUGAAGGACUAGAUUGUGCCCUUUGUGCAUUUAAACAUCUGAGAAGAUCUUCAUCAUUGAGAUAGGAUCACUCUAUUAGUUGCUAUGAAUCCUCUACAACAGUGAUGGCCAAACUUGGCCCUCCAGCUAUUUGUGGACUACAGCUCCCAUCAUCCCUAGCUAACAGGACCAGUGGUCAGGGAUGAUAGGAAUUGUAGUCCCAAAACAGCUGGAGAGCCAAGUUUGGCUAUCACUGCUCUACAACAUUGCUUGUGCCGAUGGAAUAUUUGAAGUCAGCACCAUGUGAUAUUUUCCCUGUGACACUAUUCAGGUGCAGAGUGCUUUACUUAAUUCAUCCUCACAACAGCCCUGUCAUCAUUAUUCCCAUUUUACAGAUGAGUAAUUCUAGUUGAAUGAGCCAUUUACCCAAAACUUGUUUCUCACUUUGUAUUUUGUACUGGGUUGGGGUACCCAAGUAUAAACAGCCCAAGUGAAUAUAGAAGGUCCCAAGUUUUGUACUGUGACGUGGUGACUGAAAGAUCAGUUUACUUUUUCUUUGGUUUUAAAUGCAAACUUUCCAUGUGUUUGCCCUUCAAACUUGACACAGCUUGUGUGUAUUUUGUACUUGUACCCAUAGCUGUGUACAAAAUAUAGAGAGGGAAAUACUUAAGGGUGGAUUUAAACAUGCUACCUUUAAUCCAUGUGUUCAAGACAUUGCAGGGCCAGAAGAGUGAAAUUUCUAUAAGAGAAGGAGGUAGGUGGGUUAGAGACUCGCAUUCCCAUUGCAUGCAAGAGAUCUGGAACCUGGGAAUAGGGACAGAGGAGAGGCCACAUAUUAUCCUGCACUUCUUCUCUCCUGAAAAUGUCACACUUCUGGCUCUGCUUUGCCUCAAGAGAAGCAAUGACUGACUGGGCUGGGAAGAUGCCCACUGGAGGUGGAAUAUGAAGUUCCACUGUAAGACCACUCUACUAUAUCUACAGUUACAAAGGGAUUUGAAUUCACUUAAUUGGAGUCUAGUCUGUUUAGCAGCAAAGUAAAGCAAGUGUGAUCUGUUGUGAAGGGGUGUUCAGUAGAACAGUCUAGCUUGGAGUGUUUCCCUCAGCCUCUGGCCAGAGGCAGCUUAAUUUUCUGUUUGCCUGUUUUGAAUUUGCCAUACUAUUUUUGUAGAUCUGAAUAUAUCCCGUUGCCACUAGUUCUCAUCAAGAAUCGAAUGCACAGUCUACUUGUUCAGGAGUGCGGUUUUUUAAAGGAGUGGCUCUGUUAGUGAUUCUGAAUAGAGGUUCUUUUGGGAGGGCAGGUAUGUAUACAGUGGUACCUUUGGUUACGAACUUAAUUCGUUCCGGAGGUCCAUUCUUAACUGUUCUUAUCCUGUUCUUAUCCUGAGGCGUGCUUUUGCUAAUGAGAGGCCUCCCGCUGCAAGUGUGGAUUUCUGUUCGCAUCCUGGGGCAAGGUUCUCAACCAGGAGCAGCUACUUCCGGGUUAGUGGAGCUCGUAACCAGAAGCGUUCAUAACUAGAGGUACCACUAUUUGCAAGAAGAUACAAGGUGCACUAUUGCUCUUUCUGUCUGGUGAAAGCCACUGCAAGUUUUUGUGUCAGUACAGUAAAGUAGGAGUCAAUACAAUAAAAUGCUGUGACUUGUAGGAAUGUUUGUGAUUCCUUGACACUGAUUUCCCCCUUUUUUUUAAGCGGGAUAAGAAUCUUUGAGAUUGGAUAGUUACAUUUGAGUGGGCAAUUCACAUCAAUUACAGCCUAUGUGAAUGGCACAGGAUAACAUGCUGCUGAGAUUGCCACAACAUCUAGGGUCCUUUGGGGCAAUCAGGGUCUGAUCAUCAUAAUCAUUUUUCACAAAUUCCAAAUGCUUAGACUUUGUCUACAACAAUCACUUCUGCUUUUGUUAACCCUUGAUUGUAAUGCAGGAUAGGUCUUCUCCUUUUAAGGUGAUUGGUUGCCUGAAGUGCAUCAAGUUCCCCUAUAGUUUUUUUGGGAGAGUUUUUGUUAGUAAUUUUAUCUCACCUGUCCUAAAUGGCUUGGGCCCUAUGUACCUGGCAUAUUGGCUUACAAUCAUAACCAAUCACCAUUCCCAAAAACAUAAAUAAAAGGACACUUGCCCUUUCCCCAGAUGGCUUGACAAAAGUAUGAGCCUGUGCAUCCUAUGAAGCCAUUGUAAGAUCAUCCCAUUUUGGGUUUCUAGAGGCCUUGGCUUAGUAGGUAUAAGCAAGGCUAGUGUGUAAGCCUUUUAAUUGGGCAUUAAUAAAGUGCUGUAACUCACUGAGGUUUUGUUCACACUUGAACACUGCUGCUGCAACUAGUCCAUAUCUUACCCCAAUGUGAUCCUGGUAUUCUUAAGGGUGGGCACUGCAGUCAGAUGUGAGCCAGUUCUUAAGUUAGAUGAAAUACAGGCUGGGUUUGCAGGAGCAGGAGUACUGCAUCACGCCACCGCCAGUCAAACACCAUCAAAAUAAUGCAUGUUUAUGUGGCUACCACUGUGAGAACAGCAUGCUGGACUUGAUGGUCCACUUUGGCCUGAUCUCGCAGGGAUCUUCUUAUGUUCCCAGACCAAGCACACUUGUUGUGUGUGACUUUUAUUUAAAAUGUGAACGUUGCACAUGAACAUUUUAUGUAUGUAAUAAAAAACCCUAAAAUUAUUAGAAGCUAGGACAGGAGUGAAGAAUAUAGCAAAGCAAAUGUGUAGGUGAAUGAUUUAAACUUAAGAAUAACUGAGACACUAAAAAGUGCAUAGCAACAUAAAAUCAAAUUUUAAAUUUUAGUUCUCUAGGGUAUGUUCUGCCCUCCUUGUAACAGUGUUGUUACAUGAAGCACUAUGCUUUUCUCUGGAAGAAUAUAUGACCAGCAUUCACUUAUUAGGGAGAAAUUAGGCGUGCACUUGGGGACUGGAGUGGGAACUAAGUUGGCUCUCCAAUGAUUCCUUCGCACAGCCCUGCACUAGUAUUUGUUUCAUGAAAUAGUGGGGGAGCCUCUUCGCCCAUAUUCAUUAGGACUCUGCCAUUUGUUUUGGAUGAGGCACGGGCCCCAAAUGACUAUUCUGCUUUGGAGAUACUGAGACUGCUUCACAUUUUUAGACUUCCCCAAAGUGUUUCCAAGCUUUUCUGUAAAUGUAGAUUCCAACCCGAGAUGCAGGAGUGUAGUUUGUGAAUGACAGCUGUAGCGUCUAACCUCUACCAGGGCUCUCCUCUUUGUUGAAUGUGUUCAGAGCAACAGCUGUGGCAGUUGGAGUUGCUACGCCUUCCAAGAACAGCUUGAGAAGUACAACUGACAGGGAGAUAGUUUGAACCCUGAUCCUGGCCACUUUGUGAAUGACUUUCCACAGCUAAGCCAAGCUCUUGAGGAUCAGAUAUGUGGCGAUCCCAUGUCCUAAAUAAAACUACGCUCCUCCUCUUACUUUUCCCCUCGAUGCCCAGUCUAGCAGACUUCAUUUCUUUAUAGAAGGGGCUCUUAAUGCAUUCCAUUUUCAUCCAAUUAUGCAAAAAAGAAAAGAGAAAAAAAAGUUAUAGGCACUUGAUUAUUUCAAUAGAGAUGACACCUGAGGCUUUGGAAAAUGAGGUGAGAUGAGCCUCUGCCCCAGAUCAGAGGCAAAGAUAGAUGUCAUAUCCAUGCCAAUGAGACGGGUUCAGGGGCAAUUUAUUUUUUUGUGCACAUCCCUGGUAGAAAUUGAUUACUUCAGUGAAGAUCAAACUUUGGCUGCAGCUCAUGGUUAGCGAGGGAAGAGCUUUAACAUGAAUCUGGCUCAGCUCAGUGCAGGAGUAAAAAAUGACUAGGGAGGAGCAAAUCAGGUCUGACCUCCUCUCUGGCAACCCUCACACUUGUGCAGUCCCAGUAACCCUCAGUUUGAAUUCCUGUGCUAUGUGAACCAGGCUAGUGUGUUUUGCAACCUUCUGCCUAUAUGGGUUAUAGUGCUAAUUCAAAGGUACUUAAGCUGCUGAAGAAUUGGUACCAAGUGCAGAAAGUCAGGAGUGUAAUGAAUGUUUUGAAAAGUUCAGUGGAAAAGUACUGAAGACAGUAAGGAACUGGCAGUUAUUGACUUCGGGUAAUGCUAGUUUUAGAUAUUAAACUUGUGGUGGAAAAAAUAAAGUGGGGAGGUAUCCAGUAUGCCAUUUCCCACACAAUGUUAACUAUUUUCCUUUGAUAUGUUAACUUCUCAGAUAUAGAACCAGAUGCUGCAUGUAAGGAAGAAACAUCUCUAAAGUGUGAGGGAACAAUGGUCCUGGAAACGAUCUUUAGUAUUUGUCCUUGCUUGUACUUCUUAGUGACAAAAUCUGUUCUUUGGGGACAUGAAGGCACACUCAGACAGAAUAAAACACAAACACACACACACAAACAUUUAACCACAGACAUGAUUUUUAUUUGAUUUUAAAAACUUUACUGAGGAAUGUAUAGUCCUGUGCUAGCUCUUCCUCCCCAGUGUCACAGAACUUUGGGUUUGUGUUCUGACAAACGACAUUUUGGGGGCUAGUGAAUCUUCUGGAGACCAUUUCAGCUCCAGGUGGCUGUUCAUCUCACAUAUUGAGUUGUUGGAGAGCAGCUGCCCUGCAAGCAGAAUGGGCAGUUUUCCUUCUGCCCUGUUUUUCAUCCAUUUGUGAUGUCAUGCAGAAAAUCACUCGGUCUUCAGGGUCUGUCACAUUGUUUGUUUUUUAAAAUGUCACUUUUUAAAAAAUCCAACCAAAUAUAAAAAAGUCACUUGGAUUGUUGCCUCAGUACUCAGUAUUGCUGGAAUUCCUAAUUUGUUUUUAUUAUUAUUACCUAAGUAGAUUUUCUUUGAAGAGGGGAGUUGGAGAACUGAAUUGCUAGAUCCCAUUUCUAGUUACUGAAUUAUGACAGUGGUUUUCAUAGUUGUUAUAUAAACCAAAUAAAGAAUAUAUUGGGGAGACAAGAAACACACACUGACCUUUGGGUUGCCUUUUCUGGUUGUUGAUGUUGUGUGUAUCUAUCUACUGGUAUAAUAUUAACAGGCUGUGAAAGCUACUGUGAUACUAAGCUUUCUUGGGAUAAAUUUCUCCACGUUGGACUCCCACUAUCUGCUGAAUGUGGUGAACUUUCAUGUGGGUUACCUUAAGGAAACUAACACUUACUUUCCUGCUCCUAUGUAGGGGGUGGUGGUAUAUGUAACGCAUGGUACCUUACUUGAAGAAAUCCCUCAAAACACUUGAUGCCUCUAGUUUCAAAUUGCUCCAUUUUUAAUUCUUCACCUUGUGAGGUUUCAAGAUUCAUAAAAUGUUGAUGGGAAUAUGUGAAAGAGCCAUAUUUCAGCUAAGAUUCUCCUUGAAAUCAUUUUAAAGGAGAAUUGCUUUGUGUAACAUAAGGUAGAAUAGAUCAGGGCUAUUAAGAGUAGCCACUGGACUGCAUACCACAUGCUAAUUCUAUAUUGUGACUUGGCAGGUGCUUCACAACUCCUUAUUCCCAAUUUUGUACCACCAGAUUAUCUGGGGAAACUGAAUGUAUGAGCUUUAGUGGAUUGAAAUACAUGGUUCAUGUGACAUGAAUGUUCCAGGCACCUUAAGUUUUGAUGGGAUACAAUAAAUCCUGGAGAAGAAAAAAUGAGAGUGGUUCCUCCCAGCACCCUGGAUCUAAACUUGGCCAUCAGGAUUGUACAUGCAUUGAUUAAUGUCUUAAGGAUAUCAUGAUAAUUUCCUCAAUUGUCAGUUGUGCUCUGCAUACCAUGUACAAUAAACCAAACUGGUCUUUUUUCUGUUUCACUUGCACUAAAAUAUUUUUGUUCUUCCCUUAGACUGAUGGCAUUACUAUGGAAACCAUUGUGAGAAGAGCAGGCUUUCCAGCUGGUAUCUCCAUAACUGUGUGGUGCUUUUGGAAGCAGAGCCCAUCUCCAGUCAACUCCAUUCACUUCCACCAGCACAGACACAGACAUGCAUCAUUGGGAAUGAUUUUUCAUCGCGUGUUGGUUGAGACUACAAUUGUGCUUUUCCAAAUUAACUUUGGUCAUAUAUAAGUUUUGAUGACAGAGGUUUCUUUCCUCCCCCCUUAGCAUAUCUGUGUGGGAGAAAAGGUGAAUGCUGUGUUCCUUCUACACUUCCCAUAAGUUUGUUUUGAGAAGUCACUUGGUAUCUGAGAAUCUACCUAAUAUGAGUUUUGCUUUUCUAGUACUUGAAGUGAUAGCAUAAAUGUUUUAUAAAUGGUUUAGAAUUAUAUUAUUAUUAUUAUUAUUGCAGUUUAAAACCAUUUUGAAGGGAUGGGAACAACAGGCCAAGGCUUUGAUCCUAAGCAUGCUUGUUUGUAAGUCUCAUUGAAAUCUGUGGGUUAUAUUUUUGGGACUAGAGGCCUGCAGCCAAUGUUUUGAAUAGACAAUUGCAACACAUACAGCCUUCCCCACCGCGCUACCUAAUAAAUAGGCUACCAGAGAAUCUCUUCCAUGUCCCCCCUCCUCAUGCAUGCUCUUCCUAUUGCCUGUCUAUUUCUCUUACAUGCAUAAGAGAAGCUUAUUGUUUAGCUUCACCCACUUCAUGCCUUGGCCAGGAUGGAAUAGGUGGAGAAGCUACCACCUCUCUUUGCCUUCCUACCCACCUCCCUGAUCCUCAACAUUUGUAGCUGCGUUUGCAAAGAAGUCAUUUAUUGUUUGCUCCAUCAGUGGCCACUUUUGAGAACAGCUGCUGCUAGAGCAUACGGUAAAGAUAAUUUGCAAUUUCUGAGGAAUAAGUGUGUGUGAGUACAUGUGCACGCACGCAUGCACACACACAGCACAGCCUUUUCUCCUCUUCCAAGGCAGGUAAAUGUCCUGAUCCUGUACCAACUGUAAGGAAAUAAGAACCACUAAAAUCAGUGGGACUUACAGGUAAACAUGCAUCGAACUAGUCUGUAACCCAAGUGUCUGUCUCUCUCUCUCACACACACAAACUCUAUCUUUGGCUCCCUUCUGGAGAGAGAGACACAUGCACAGAUUGUGGUGAGAUUUCACAGCCACAAGAACAAUAUGCUAUAAGGGAGAGAAAUGGUACUUAAAUGAGACUUGGGGUGGGGGUGGGGUUGGUUAAAUUUUGCUUUAUGAUGCAAGAGAGUUAUGGAUUCUGUCUUUUUUAUUUUUAUAAUCCUAUGUCCUCUUAAAUUGAAAAUUGUUGAGAAUAUCUCGAAUGUAAAGGUAGAACUGAAGAAUUGGUUGUAUCUUGAUUAUAGUUUUCAUUUUUCUUUAUCUCCCUGUGUAGUCCCCCCCUCCCCCAAUUAAUGAUAUUUUGGAUUAGCAGGGAGUUGAUUUCUUUAUAAGUUCAAAUGGGGGAGAAAUGCAGACUUUACAACUGUAUAUUUUCCCUGCAUUACAAUGUUGAUGUGCUGUAGAGCUUCUAUAGAGAGGAUUCCUUAAACUUUAGUGAAAGAACCCUUUUCAUUUGGAGCUAUUUUUCUUUCUUUACAAAAUUAGGGGACAGAAAGACUGUCCUAUUAUACCUAAUGUGGGGAAAGGGAUACAUUAUCUUACUAGGAUUAUUGUUUAAAUUGGGAAUUAAAAAUUCCUUAAACUUUAGUAGAAGAACCCUUUUCAUUUGAAGCUAUUUUUUUUUUCUUUCCAAAAUUAGGGGACAGAAAGACUGUCCUAUUAUACCUAAUAUGGGGAAAGGGAUACAUUAUCUUACUAGGAUUAUUGUUUAAAUUGGGAAUUAAAAAUUGUAGCCAGAAGCCAGGUGCCUCACUUACGUCAUUAAAGAGCAUGACACUAGUUAUUGGUUCUGACAUUUUUGUUAGAACUUAUAGUAUAUACUAAUAAUUAGAAGCACUGAUAACUGAAAGGGUUGAAAGCAGUAAACAAAUCCUCAGGCACCACACAGCUGGUAUUCCUCUACGUUGUAUAUUGUACAAGUAUUGAGUAAGGGUUGCCUCACCUUUUGACAUCUGACCUUUCCAAAGUGCAGUGGGCCUACCACUUUACUUACACUAUCACAGCCUUAUGUGGAGGGGGGAAUAAAUAAAUUAAGAGUGGGGGGAACCUCCCAUUCCGCGCCUCCAUUUUAUUUAUUUUCCAUGUACCCAGUGGGUUUUCCUUUCUUACUGGCUUCUGGGAAGGAGGCAUGAGAGCUCUGGAAGUGUCCCAGGACCCCCCUCCCUUUUUUCUUGAUUUAUUUAUUUGCUUUUCUGUUACACAUUCUCCGCUGAUACAUAAACUAAAUACAUAACACAUAAUACUGACCACAUAAACUAAUACAAUCAAAACAAAACAAAUAUAUCCUUUCAUAUACUUCCCUUCCACUUCUUCCAUAGUUUCUUAUCUAAUCGCUUCCAAACUGCAUCUUCUUGUUUCUCUAAAUUUUUCAUUCUUUCUCUCUUUACCUCUUGUUAUAACUUACGCUGCUGAAGUGCUCACAUCCUGCUAGGUUAAUUAUCUUGUUAUAAUGAUUUUUCAUAUAUUCUAUAUAUAACUUCCAUUCUUCCUUAAGUUUUUUUUUUGUCAUCUCUGUUUCUUAUUCUAUUACUCAUAGCCGCUAAUUCCACAUAUACCAACAAUUUAUGAUACCACUCAUCUUUUGUUGGAACGACAUUCGUUUUCCAUUUUGGUGCCAGUAAAAUCUGAGCAGCAGUGGUGGCAUACAGCAACAGACUCACUUGAUUAUUUGGGACUUCAGAUGUUAUUAUGCCCAGGAGAAACAGCUCUGGGCUUUUAGGGAAAGAUCUUUAAACAUUUGUUUAAGCUUGUUAUAAAUACACUCCCAAUAUUCUUUAAUCACGUUGCAGGACCACCCAGAGGCUGGUGAGGAAGGAAAACCGCUGGGUGUGUGGGUAAAGGGAAAAUAAAUGGAAUAGCAGACUCCCCCGCUUCCCAUUUAUUUCCUACCCCACCCUACCCCGUGUAAGGUUGUAAGUGGCAGACCCACCGUACUGGACCAGUUUGUAUAACAAAUUAGAUCCUCCUGUCAGUUUUGAUGUUCAUGACUGUGUACUGGAAUUUAUUUUUGGUUAGUAUUAAUAUACAUGUCACACAGUGAUAUAGGUGAUUUCUGACAAAUAUAGCUGGCAUAUAGUUGGCAUCCAUGAGUUAUGCAGAGCCCAGUAAUCAGAAGGAGGAUAAGAAAUAUGCUGCAGAGUUUAAAAGCACAGAUGAAUAUCUGAAUCUAGAAAAGCAAGGUUUUCAAGAGUAUGGUUAACUAGUUGCUGCUAAACAGAUUUUGACUUAAAAACAUGACCACUUUUCUAGACCACAAUACUGUCUUGCCAUGUACGUUUUGUUUGGACUCUGUAAAUUAACAAUGCAAUAGGUACUUUACAUCUUUUCAUUUAAAAAAUGAAAAUUGGGUGAUAGUUAAGAAAUGAUUCUGAAAAAGGUUUAACAAAUGUUAACAAAUAUUAGAUCCUGAGGCUGCCAUGGUACAAUAUACAGCACUGAUUUUACAAAUGCUGAAUAAAUAAGCAAAUGGGUAACCUCAACUCUACUGGUACAAAUACUAACAGGUACAGCAUAAUAAAUAUGCAAUCUUUUUUGUCUUAGUUUACAGCAACUAACUUAUUCAGUAUUGUGCUGGAAGAUCAUUUUCCAACUAUGUAAAACAUAUCACUAUGUGGGCAACCUUCCAGCCACCCGUUUUAUGCUGCUGUAUAGUACAGAAAAACCAAUGAUGGAACAACGUUUGUCCUGUAAAUUUAAUUUGAUAUUGACAGUUAUUGUCUGUACAAACUAAAACAUAUAUGGUUGAAACUGUUCAUUAUAUUUGCUAUUUCUGCUUCACUGAUCUGUUAAAAAGUUUUGAGCUGAUUGAUCCGGCUGUGUCUUCCAUUGUAAAUAUUGUUACAUCAUUUUUCAUGGUAAAAUGCAGCACAUUUGCAAUUUUGGGAGACUGGCUUGAAGCUCUGUAUAGUGUUUAUAUUUAUCUGAAUUGGCUUUCCAUAGAGCUACUCGCAGUAAAUGUGUUCAUGGUAGUGUUGGUGCAGUUGAGUCUUUAUUUAAAAUGGCUUGCUUGCUAAAGUAGUGCUUUUCUGUAUACAUUCAUUCAACUUUUAAGAGUGGAUUUAAGUUUUAGUAUCCUCUACAUGCAAAUUACCUGGAUCUGUUCAGCCAAAAACUAUUAUGGCUCAUUUAAAAUGCUGCAAGAAUACUUAGUGUGGCUCAAAGCAUUCAUUAGCCGAUGGCACUGAUCAAUUCAUUGUAGUUGUGGGUUUUUAAUCUGAUUUUUAAAUGGAGCAUGUGAAGGGCUGUUGAGAGCUGAUACCAGUGUUGUAAGCCAUUAAUGUACAGCACUUGCUUCAUUCACAGGAGUGGCCUUUUGAUGUGGACAAUGUAAUAUUCAUGAAAGUAUUAUGGCCAGCCCCCUAAUCUUAGACACGCUUCUGAAAUCAGGAAAUGAAAUAGUUGUUCUUGCUAAGAUCUGGAAAUCCCCAGUUCAUGAGUUUCAUUACUCACAAAACAAACCACUCUCUUCAAGAAAACUGCUUUUAAAGAAGCAUAUGAACUUAUUCUUCAUUAAAAACAAUAAUUUAUCUUCAGGUGUUCUGCCAGUUUUGAAACACUAGAAUGAAUAUUAAUAUCAGUCAAAAGCAGGAGUUGACUCAAACAUUUAACUUUUGUAAAACUCAUACUUUGGAAAAAGCUCACGAUCCCUGUAUUUUUUUAUUGGUUGAAGACAUUUAGGCUCUUAAUACAGUUAAAUCACUAGAGGUGUAAGUUGCUCCUGGACCAAAAUAUGCUUCUUUCCUUCACUAGAUAUGCCCAAGUGUGUUAGUACAGGUCAUCUAGAAGGCUUUCAACCUAAUCCCAUGCAGAAUUAGUCACACCUAAGGCCAUGAAAAUCAAUGGGCUUUUCUAGGACCCAACGUUAAUUUCUUGGCUGUUGGUGUAUAAAGGGAGCAGGCAAGAUUGAGCAAAUAGACAACAAUGGUUUCUGGUUACAGUUAUAAUGUGCUGCAUGAAUCCCUCUACUGUUGUUCUCAUGUGAGGUGUUUUAGAUGGGAAUGGGACAGAAGCUGUAUGGAAAAGGUGUAGAAGACUUUUGUGAAGCUCACUGACUACAGCUUAUCAGUCCACUUUCUCAAAACUAGAAGCUGCUGUUCAGAAAGAAAUAUUUGGGGUGCAUGUUUUCUAGCACAAGUGGAGGGUCCCUCUCCCUAUUCUUCCCUCCUGCCCCACCCUGGGGUGAGCAUUAUUGAACGAGGGAUUCUUUUGUCUUGCUGCUAAUGCAUUAGGCAUACUUAGGAGCAACCUGCCACUCUCAUUAAGAAGUGACCAGCAGAAUCGCCUAAGUUUAUAGUCUAGCUAGCAGAUAAAAAAAACAAAUUUUUAAUAAAUAAAAAUAAAAUAUUAUUGCUGAGGCGUGAUUUCGAGGCGCUAUUGAAAUUAAAAGUGGCUUUUUGAAACAAAUGAAUAAAUGAAUGAAAUUGCUCUCUCUUGAUC